AUGGAAAAGAAAGAAAGUUAUGAAAUAUCAGAAGAUAAUCCACUCUUGAAAACAUUAGUAGUUUCUACCAAAGACUCUUCUUCCGAAGAUAUUCAACAAAAUCAAUCACUUUGCAAGAUUUCUUCCUCUUCUUCACGUUCAUCAAAAUUUUCUAAUAAUAUCGAUAAAAAAAUAUUACAAAACGAAAGAAACGAAAGGAAAAGAAUGCUUAACAGAAAGGCUGCCGCAAGAUUAAGACAAAAAAAAAAGAAAGAGAUAAAAGAAUUACAAGAUUCAAAUAUAGGUUUAAGAGAUGAAAUUGAGCAAGUGGAAAGUAUUAUAAUGAAAUUAAGACAACAAAUUAUGGAUCUGGAAAUAAAGGAGGAAUAA